GUCGUCUCCAUCUCCUCCUCGUGUAGCUUCUUCUCUAAACCGAAUAUAAAAUGGGUAGAUGCCCGACAAGGAAGGUGAAGAAGAGGCGUUUGUCUCACAAAACAGCUCGCCGUGACAAAUUCGAAGUCAAAGGCGACGAUUUGGUGUAUACGGAGUUGCGUAAACCAGAGACGGAGAUAAAGCCUUUGAAGCUUGAUGAGGAUUUGCCUGGAAUGGGUCAAUUCUACUGCUUGCAUUGCGAUCGGUACUUCUCCAAUGCGUCUGUGAGAGAUGAUCAUUUCAAGACGAAGAAACACAAGAAGCGUGUGAAAAUAAUGAAUGGACCAGCGCCACACUCACAACUCGAUGCAGAUCUAGCAGCUGGAAUGGGAAUGCCGGACAAUGGUCCAAAGCUCAUGAUGGCUGCUUGAGUUUAUUUCAGUUUUUUUUUUCUUUCUUAAUAGUUGACUGUUAAUGGAACCUGGAAUGUGUUGUAAGAUGGUCCUUACUAGUUAAACUAAACAAUUCCUAAAGUAAACCAGUAUUUAGAUAAAAAGAGUAUUGAUCACAGGGGUAACUAACUCAUGUUUCAAGUGUCCCUUAUUCUACAGUGACUUAAACGAAAACAUUUUCCAAUGUUUCUUUAGUGGUGCAAUAUGAUUUGUUCA